GAGAAAAAUCGGAUAUCGGAAACAGGCUGAUCGGAUGUCCGCUGAAUUGAUUUUAUAUUAUUUCGGUGAUAUCUUUUUUUACAAUCCCAUAUGAUUGUGUUAGCUUACUCUGAUAAGUUUUAUAAAUAAACAGCCCUGAUUUCUACACCAUGAUAACAGUUUGUUUACAUUAAGUACAAAGUUAUGAAACCGAAAAACAGCAAUGAAAUGGAUUCCGGCUUUUUCGAAACGAACAUUGUUUAUAUAUUUCAUAUUAUUAUUUCUAUUAUAUUUAUUUUAUGUUUUGAAUACUUGUUUAGUUGACGAAAGAAAGUUUUCCCUGAAACGUUUUCUGCUGAAGGAACAUUAUUCGAAGUAUAAAAGUGCUGCAGUUCGUUUUGUUUCUCUGCUUGGUUUCAACACACUAGAUGCUAGUGAUUACAAAUACCGGAGACUUAUAAAUCAAAAUGUAAUGCCAGUGAAAAGAUUGCCUGAUGCAUUAAUUAUAGGUGUUAAGAAAUGUGGAACCAGAGCACUUUUGGAGUUUUUAAGGUUACACCCAGAUGUGCGAGCCGCAGGUUCUGAAGUGCAUUUUUUUGAUAAAUUUUAUCAUAAAGGCUUUGAAUGGUACAGGGACAGAAUGCCACCAACCCUCGAAGGCCAGAUCACAAUGGAGAAGACGCCCUCAUACUGGGUGACGCGGACAGCUCCUAAGAGGGUCCAUGCCAUGAAUCCGGGGGUGAAGCUGCUGGCAGUUGUCCGGGAUCCUGUCACUAGGGCUAUUAGUGAUUAUACACAGUCGGCAAGUAAAACGCCCUCGCUCCCUCGUUUCGAAGAGCUGGCCAUAGUGAACGGCAGCUGGGGCGGCGCCGGGGCGGCGGCGGCGGCGGCGGCGGCGUGGCCCCCCGUGCGGCUCGGCGUGUACGCGCGCCCGCUGCGGCGCUGGCUGCGCCGCUUCCCGCGCCACCGCCUGCUGCUGGUCAACGGGGAGCGGCUGGUAGACGAUCCUGCGGCUGAAAUGGCGAGGGUGCAGGAAUUCCUCGGCCUCAAACGAGUGAUCACCGAGAAGCAUUUCUACUUCAACUCUUCCAAAGGUUUCCCCUGUCUCCUGAAGUCAGAGAGCCGUUCCACCCCCCACUGUUUAGGCAAGACCAAGGGCCGGAGCCACCCCCAUAUCAACCCCGCCACCAUAGAAACUCUAAGGGAAUUCUACAGGCCGUUCAAUGAGAAGUUUUACGAAUUAUCUGGUAUAAAUUUUGGGUGGCCUUGAUGUGUUGUGAUGUAUGGCUAUUGCCUGGAUAUUAAGGUAGUUUGUUCCUAAUUUAGUAACAAUAUAAUUUUAAUGUAGGUGCAGUUACGAUGAUUUGCGCAUGGAAUAAUGCGACAACAGCAGAAGUAUAGUCGAAGUGAGAAAACUGAUUUACAGUUACAGUUAAAAAUGCAAAAGGUAUAGAUAUUACCUUAGGUACGUCAUCAGUAAUAGGUAUACACAUAAGCCCACCGAUCUUUGGAUUUAGCUUUGAGAGUAAGUAGCACAAGAUAUUAUGUGAGCUUUUUGAGAUAGAGAACUAUUACAAUAAGAGUUACUUUGGAUCUUGUUCCAAUUUAGGAACAAGACCAUAGAGUAGUAAAAACUAUUAAUUUUAUUGCAUAAUUAGGGAAAACCUUAAAUAAGACCUAUAAUUAGUUGACUGAAUUCGAAUUUUUAACGGCUAGUAAGAUAAAAAAACUUCCAUUUUGUAAAGGUUUGUGGUUGGAGAAUGGGUUAGCAAUAAAUUAUGAUAAACAAUUACCUACUCUAGUUUCCAGGAAAAUACAGUACCUACUUAAGGCCUGU